AUGGAAAGACCCUUGUCGGCAGCGAGUUCAGGAACAACACAAUCAACAUCCCACACCACCACCACCCACCAGCAUAGACGACACCCCUCGUCGGCCAAGAAUGGCGUACGGUCAACAGGAAACAGCACCGUCUCGCUCUUCCUCACCAACCUGCGCCUCCUGGAUCUCGACCUCAAUCCAGAAUGGCCCAACAUCACCGUCUCCUCCUUCUCCAACCAGGACGCUCGAACAAGGAUAAAGUGCACCGAAUAUGCGCUGUAUCAGCUCUUCCGACUGUACGACCCAGCAACGACAGCGGACAAAUUACAGCCGUUCUUCCCGCCCCUGGAACCGCUGCAGAGCGUCAAUCUCCGCGCGGCGUUGUUUCGAUGUCUCAGCGAGCUGAAGAAGAGCGGUGUAUUGGCGAAAGACACUGUUUUGCGCAAGACGAUGUUGGAUGAGUGUUCAGGGGACAAGUUCUGGGAGGUCUGUCUUGGGUUUUCGGCGGUGGUUCUACGGAGACGAACGGGGGAGAAGAGGAAGAGCUCGAGAAGUCGAAGGAUCGGCGGUCACGCGGUGGCGGAGAAGCUCGGGACGGCGCAGGGUGUGAGUAAGGGGCAGAGGGAGAGUAUGCUGCCGCUUGCUGUUGCGCAUAAGGCGGCGUUGGGGAGGGUGUUGGAGACGAAGAAAGAGAAGAAGUUGGUCUACGGGAGGUUGUAUAAUUUGUUGGCUAGCAAGGAGGAUGAACUAGCGCAGAGGAAGGUCAGGUCGGAAGAUUUGAUACGGAGUUCAAAGGCGGUCAAGCCAGAAAGGCUGAAGGCUGUGGAAGAUACGGUGCAGAGACAUUGGAUUGGCAGUGCCGAUUUGAGAGAUGCGCUGAUUGAAGGCGAUACUUGUCCAAAAGGCGACGGACUUCUUGUCAAGUCUUUCGACCAUCUUUGGAACAGCGAUGGAAGGAUUUUGCAACGCGAUUCUGGAGGCGCUGAGGUUGGAUUGCUGCAGAGUCUCAACGGCAAGGCAACGGAGCAGACUGCGCGAUUGAGGAGAUGGCAGCACUUCCACGAUCGGCUUGCAGCUUCCAAACCGCAGUCAGCUAGAUCUAGCAGGCCAGCAUCGCAGGUGCAGAAGACUGGCAUCACUUUCAAUAAACAUCGCGACAUCAAUCUCAACGACAGCUCAGACGACGAUGACGGCCCACAAACGCAGCAGAAACCACGACCUCGACACGACAGCGUCCAGCGCUACGACGACAUCCUCACAGCCAUGCGUGAAGAACUGCGCAAGAACACCACCUCCCACCGCAUCCGCCCCUCCGCGUCUCCCAUCCAGCAACAACAGUCCUUCCACCCUCCCAAACGCGCACAAACCCAGCCCGUAGCGCCUAUGCGCAAACUCAGCGUCGCCAUCGACACCUCCGCAGGAAUACAGAGUUCACACGCACGAUCGCCUUCUGGAACUACCGUACCGCUUCGCUCACCGAUGGGCAGGCGUGUGUCUUCUCGGUCACGAUCGUACGAUAAGCCGAAGGUGGACGGGCAGCGACAGCCUAUACCGUUGAAGGCGGAGCUGUUUUCGCCGUUGAAGGAGUCGAACAGGAGGAGUAGUCUGAGUCCGCUGUCAGCGAAUUCCAUGUUAGCGCCACCUGCGGAAGAUGAAGAAGAGGACGAGGAUGAGCAGUCUGCCGGAGCUGGCGACAAGGACGGCUCACAGCAUGAGAUUGACAAUGUGGAUGGUGGUGUUGAGAGCCCUGCUUCCCCGAGAGAUUCUGGUCUGGACUUGAAAGCGGAUAUGGCUGUGCGGAAUGUGGCCUUUCGAACUAGCAGCAGCGAAAGUGUAGGCAGUACUUCGAGCUCAAACGAUGAGUCGAGGGUACCUGCUCAACCACUCCAGCAGUCGAAUGGACGGAUGUCGCUCGCGGAGCGGACGCGCAAAUCCAUGGCUCCGAUGAACAUCGAAAAGAUCGACGACUCCCCUUCAGAACCAUCCUCAACACUACCCGAACCCUCCGAUACCUCCUCCCCCGCCCUCGACACCACUACCUCGGAAACCCUCAACCAAGACUCCCUCGACCGCCGCACCUCCCUCCUCAACCGAACCCUUCACUCCCUCUCUCUCGCCCCUCCCCCAACGCACCCCUCACAAUCGGGAAAACCCUCCCACCACCGCUCCCGCACCUCAAUCUACCCCAUCAACCAAUUCGAAACCCCCAAGAAAGUCCGGAGAUCUACUAUUGGCGAUCGUGAGGGGAAGAAUAGGGGGAAGCGGGAUGUCACGCCCAUGGAGACGCUGAUGAGCCCGCAGGCGGAGUAUGAGAGCGUUUUCAAGAGUCGGCCGAAGAUUGCGACGAGUCCGGUGUUGAGUCCGUGUCGGGAGGGUGGGUUUGAGUUUGGGGAUGAGGUUGGUGCGGAGGGUGGCGGCUGUUAG